UUCCGGCCUGCGCCGCCGGCCCGGCGCGGGAGGCGGAAGUGCCGCGGGCCGCCGCCUCCGUCCCGGCUACGGCCCCUGUCGGUUACAUAACUCGUUUCGGGCUCCGCGCGGCCGCACUUCUUGGCUGCCUGCGACCCCAGGAUGCUGUGAGCCCCACGACGGCGUCCGCUGCCGCCGGCUCCCGUCCGAGGUGUGAAUGACAGAGGUGGUGCCGUCCAGCGCCCUCAGCGAGGUCAGCCUACGCCUUCUCUGCCAUGAUGACAUAGACACCGUGAAGCAUCUGUGUGGCGACUGGUUCCCCAUCGAGUACCCAGACUCAUGGUAUCGUGAUAUCACCUCCAACAAGAAGUUCUUUUCCCUCGCCGCAACCUACAGGGGCGCCAUCGUGGGAAUGAUAGUAGCUGAAAUAAAAAGUAGGACCAAGAUACACAAGGAAGAUGGAGAUAUUCUAGCUUCCAACUUCUCUGUUGACACGCAGGUUGCGUACAUUUUAAGUCUGGGAGUAGUGAAGGAGUUCAGGAAGCAUGGCAUCGGUUCCCUUUUACUUGAGAGUUUAAAGGAUCACAUAUCAACCACUGCCCAGGACCACUGCAAAGCCAUCUACCUGCACGUCCUCACCACCAACAACACAGCAAUAAACUUCUAUGAAAACAGAGACUUUAAGCAACAUCACUAUCUCCCCUAUUACUACUCCAUCCGAGGGGUCCUCAAAGAUGGCUUCACCUAUGUCCUCUACAUCAACGGCGGCCACCCUCCCUGGACAAUCCUGGACUACAUUCAGCACCUGGGCUCCGCGCUAGCAAACCUGAGCCCCUGCUCCAUCCCGCACAGGAUCUACCGCCAGGCCCACAGCCUGCUCUGCAGCUUCCUGCCGUGGUCCGGCAUCUCCACCAAGGGUGGCAUUGAGUAUAGCCGGACCAUGUGACACCAGCCGGGCAGCCGCCAUCAGGCCCCACCCUUCGGCACCCUGUAGAACCCGCCUUCCUGGCCAUCUGACUUCUGUUGUCUGCAUUGUUGCUGGUGGCCCCUUGCCCGGCCUGUCGGCCUGCCCCAGCUGCAGGCCCGGUGCUACGUGGGCUCGGAGCAGAGCGUCGCAGGGCACACCUGGUCUGACAGGUACGCUGGAGCAG